GCCGCUGCAGGUCCCACCAAUCACUCCACAAACACUCAGUGAGAAGCCACUCUUGUUGAGAGUUCCUUUAUUUAUACAUAGGCUUCAAACCUGCUCAGUGCACAGUCUUAUAGAAAAUUCCAUAUGUCACAACUUAAAGGUUCUCACAUGACUUGCCAUUUGCUGUCUGCCCAGAUGCGUCUCAUGCAGCUCACCCAUCUGGGUGGAGAAUCACCAGGUUCCUUGGGCAUCCCAAGGCAUCAUGAGUGUUUUGUUAGAAGCCUGAGCGUUGCACCCAUUUCCAUAGAUUGCAGAAGAUUCAGCCCUCAACUUGACUGUAGUGAUGUCUUCACGCAGGCUUGGAGAAGAGAUUUGGGGUGACCACAGCACUGGGUGCAAGGAACUGCUGAGCUCUAAUCCUGCCUCGGAGGCAGAAUCCCGUAUAUACAGCACUUCCAGGAGUAACCCCCUUUCAUGUCAGGUGAGCAGGUGUUUACUAAAAGGGAGGAAUGAAGUGCAGUCCUGGACGACAGCUGUCAACCAAUCCUUACAUAUUGUGUGGCAAAAAAUAAAGAGACAACUAAUAUUAGUCAUGUCUUUUCUCCUUGCUGCUCUCUGGUAUUGUAGAAGGCUCUAUGCAUACUUAGCACAGCUGUUGAAAUGGUGGAGUAGAUAUCUGCAGAGAAAAUUCAAAAAGAACCUCAGUGUACUGGCAGAAGUUGAUCUGCUUGGUUAUUGUGCAAAAGAAUGGAAAGGAGAAACCAAGCAGGCCAAGCAGAUGAAGGCGGCUUAUGAAGAACUAUUUUGGAGACACCAUGUUAAAUAUAUACGACAAGUCAGAAGAGAUAACUACUGUGCAUUGAGAGCUGUGCUGUUUCAGGUAUUCAGCAAGGGCAUUUAUUUUCCAUCAUGGAUGAAGGAGAGAGACAUUUUAAAGCUCCCCGAAAAGCUUCUGUAUUCACAAGGCUGCAACUGGAUCCAGCAAUAUAGUUUUGGACCAGAAAGAUACACAGGCGCCAACGUAUUUGGAAAAUUACGUAAAUGUAUUGAAAUAUUAAAGACACAGUGGACUGAAAUAAGUGGUGUUAAAGACCACGACGAAAGAGGAAACAUGUGCAAUAUCCUUUUCUCUGAUGAAAGCAAGGAACAUAAGUUGUAUGAGGCUAUAAAAUUCAUCAUGCUUUACCAAGUUGUGGAAGCCUAUGAACAGAUGAAGAAUGAGCAGAAACAUGUACCCAUCCUUUUUAGCCUCCUUUUUGCUCGUGAUACGUCAUCUGACCCUUUGAGUUUCAUGAUGAAUCAUCUGAAUUCCAUAGGGGACACAGGUGGUCUGGAGCAGGUUGAAAUGUUUCUUCUUGGAUAUUUACUUGAAGUAAAGAUAAGAGUCUACAGACUGUAUAAGUUUAACACUGAAGAGUUCCAAGUAAACUAUCCAGAGGAGUAUCAGAGGGACUGGCAGGAAGUCUCUCUUCUGACUGAGGAUGACCAUCACUAUCUCAUCCCCAUUAUUAGAAUAUAAGACUGAUUUCUAACCAUGCAGUAGAAGGAGUGACCAGCUCCAGUAAAUUAUCACCUUUAAGCCAAGUCCUUUGCCAGCAACAGUAGGAUUACAAGUAACUCAAAAUAAUGACGAUAGGACACACAGGUUUAUUAUGUUAACUUCUUGCUUGCUUGUACUGACACAUAUCACCUGUGAUCUGCCUCAGAAAAACACAAAAAACAUAAUCAUACAAUCAGGACAAACUGGCAUAUUAGGGUUCUCAAAUUAAAAAAAUAUGGUAAAUCACCUGUGAGAAGACAUUAUCACUAGAUAGUUGAUAGUCACUUGUUGAGCUAAGUCCAAAACACGUGUUGUGCAUAAACUUACAAUGCCAAAUGAUACCUAUUCUUUGUUUGAGAAGGGUGCUUCAGCCACUGACUUGGGAGAGAAACAAAGGCAAUAAUAAAAAUAAAUAACUUGCAAUAUAGCUUUACUCAGUAUAUACUCUUCCUCCUGCCCUCCCCCUUCCCUUCUUUUUGGAAGGGUCAGAUUUUAAUGUUACUUAUCAAAAGUAUGUACAUGAUUUUAUUUGCAAUUGGUUUGAGAAGGCUGUGCACUUCAGUGCAUUUAUAAAUACUGGCUUUUCACAAAAAUGUUAAUUCUCUGUACAUUAUAUAUAUACAUUUAGCAGGACUCACAUUUCCUAAGCUUUUUUGUAUAUACGAUUUUAUACCUUUGAGUUACUUUCCUUAAUUUUGAAGUCAAGGUUACUUCUAGGUUUUGAGAGUCUUAAGAAGUAUCCAGUAUAACAAGCAAAUUGUCUUAAAGUGUGGUGAAAUAGCAGUUCCCACCUAUGUUCAUUAAAAAGAUGACUACUAGGAAGGAAGGGAAAUGCCAGAUACAUUAAAAAAGCAAGUAUCGCUGUCUUGUAUAGGAAGCUUUACACAUUCCCAUCGUUCUAAGAAACUGAACUGCAGUUCCACUAUUUUAUAAAAUUAGGAAGCUUAACUUUAAUGAAAAUUAAAGUGAUAACAGUUUAGCAAUAUGUUUAUUUGUGGCAAAUGAACAUUAUCCUACAUAAGGCUGCGAAUUUGUCAUAGAGGUCACGGAAGUCUCAGAUUCUGUGACUUUGCAGGACCUCCAUGACUUCUGCAGCCGCAUUGUCAGGGAGGGAGUGAGGGCUCUGGACAGCAUUUUCCUCGGGGGCUCCCCAGUAGCAGUGACAUCCCUCAGCUCCUACAUGGAGGUAUGGCCAGGCAGCUCUGUGCGCUGCCUGCACCUGCAGACACAACCCCCUGUCCAAAGGGAGCUGCGGAGCUGCCUGGCCACGCUUCCGCCUAGGAGCUGAGGUGGAGGGGAUGUUGCCACUUCUGGGGAGGCGUGGAGCCAGGUAGGGAGUCUGCCAGCCCCGCCAAUUCCCCCCCAGCACCAAUGGGGGUCCUGGGUCACACACCGCCACUCGCCCGCCAGCAUCAGUGGGGGUUCCGGGCUGUGCACCGUGUCCAACCCGCCCCCCCAGCACCAAUGGUGCACCCCGGGCUGCUCCCUGCAGC